AUGUCUAGCUCCGUGGGCGCGCCCUGCCCGCCUAUUUUGCCAAGCAAAUAUGAUAGCCUUAUUCCACAUAUUCCUAGCAUUAAUAAAGAAUGUGCGCACACCUGGCCAGCUCUUAAGAGCUGGGAUUUGGGGUAUUUUUCUCGGCAUAUCUCCGAACCGCUACGUUUUCGACUUAUUGAAAAAUCUUUCCCCCACAUACAAUGGGAGAACGCUUGUAAUUAUGUAUAUGCUACAAUUGACGAAUUUACUGCGUGGCUAAAUGGUGGGAUGAUCCAUUCUCCCUUCGAAAAGUAUUCUCCAGAUUUGUGGACAGCAUAUGCUGAUUAUACCUAUAUUGAUAGGCAUGAAGGCUUGCGAGUAUUGAAGUCCGAUUUCGAUUGGUCUACCUGUCUCCCUGACUUAAAUCCAUUUGAUGGGACGACGUUUUGGCUGGCCUCAAGUGGAGCAUAUACCCCAUGCCAUUAUGAUACCUAUGGUAUCAAUUUGGUUGCGCAGAUCUUUGGUCGAAAGCGUUGGGUAUUAUUUUCCCCAAAUGAUUCCGUCUAUUUGUAUCCAACUCGUAUUCCCUUGGAAGAAUCUACGGUGUAUAGUCAAAUCAACAUGCUUUCUCCUGAUUUUAAAUUACACUCAUUAUUCCAUAAUGCUACCCCUCUUGAAACAAUUUUAGAGCCUGGAGAUUGCCUCUUAAUACCGAGACACUGGUGGCAUUUUGUGCAAUCUUAUGGCGACGAACCAACAUGCUCGAUAAAUCUCUGGCUGGACCAGCCGAUCUAUGAUCAAGAAGAACGACUAGGGGAAGCGCUUACACAGAUCUUGGCCUAUUCACUUAGCCGAAGCAUGUUAGAUUUCGAUUUUGAUCCACUAGAACAUUUAAAUGAGAAGGAACAAGAUAACUUUCUUUCAGAUGACUGUUUUCCUACUCUCUUGAACAGUACUGGUCAAAUUAUUCGAUCUAUUCAUAUGAAAAAAACAUCAGAGAGUGAGUCAGGCAGUGCUAAAGAAUAUCGACUUAGUGGUUGGCAAUCUGUCGGAAAAAGGGCUAUUUGUGAUGUGUUUCCUUCGCAUGGUGUGUCAAACACGGCACUUAGCGAAACACCCUUGACUGUGAAAUUACUUCGCGCAUUCACACAUCCUGAUGUAAUUUAUGCUGUCAGAAAACAUAUUUUAGGGUAA